GGAGUGAGUUCGCUCGCCGUUAUGUUUGAGUUUCUCCGUCAGUUGACGUUAAAUUUCAUGUCAACUCCCGUUUUCCCCAGUCUGGUUUCGAGUAAUGGCGGUGAUGCAGCAGGCGACCUGAAAUAUCGCUCAAUCAAAGGCAAUAAAACGUUUUAGCGAAGGAAGAGGCAUUUUUUUUAUAGAUAAGUGAAGAAGUCUCAGAGCGUGAGGGCUUUUUCAGUACUUUGAAGUUUAGUGUGGCUGUGCUUUUUUCUAGAGAAGGUGCUUUCUAUUGGAUUUAUUCAUACGAGGACUGCUCAGAUUCGUUAUCCGCUGAGAAAAAGUUGGAGGCUUUGCGGGGCAGCUAUCUUUUGCUGCGCAUUUAAGAACGGGAUUUGAAUUUGAUGGAGAUGGAGCAGUGUAAAGGUUAAUUUUUGUUCAGUCCAAGCUCGGGCUGAGAUGAAUUAGGAGAAUAUUGUCUGCUUUGAGCGGUAGAAAGGUUUUUGUCGAAACUUAAAUCACAAGAAAGAUGGAAAAAGCUUGGGAGAAAGCCAUAGAAGCCGCCCGAGGCAGUCAGAAAACAGAUGAAACCUUUGUUCUGACUUUAGACGGCGCCCUGAAAUGUGCGCCGUGCAAGCUUCCUUCUGCGGCUUUGUUCGAGCAGUUUACGCUUCUCCAGGACUUGUCUUUAGCAAACACAGGCCUAAUUUCUCUCGAGGGUUUCCCUUGCUUGCCUCAUUUGAGGCGCCUAGUUCUCAGUGACAACAGGAUCUCUGGUGGGUUAGAGCAUUUGGUCCAGGCGGGACUUAAAUCCCUGCAGGAUCUUGAUCUGUCAAAUAAUAGGAUUGGGACAUUUGAAGAUCUUGUCCCUUUGUCGCAACUUCGCUUAGGUUCAUUGGAUCUUUAUGAGUGCCCUGUAACGAGGCUGCCUGAUUACAGGGCUAGAGUUUUUGAUGUUGUUAAGUCGUUGCAGUUUUUGGAUAAGGCAGACCGGGAGGGCAAAGAGAGGCUUGAUUCGGAAGAAGAAGUAGACUCCGAGGAGGAAGAUGAAGAGGACGUUGAUAAUUUUAACAGUGAGGAGAGGGCUAAUGGGUCUGGCGUUUUGAAUCAGGAUGAAGUGGAUUUUGAGGACGACGAAGAGGAUGAUGAACUUGAUGUUGAAGAGGAGGAAGAGUACCAGGACGGUGUCACAAUUAAUGGCCACGGGGCAGCUGCGGCUGUUGUUGGGCAUGUUGCUGCCAAUGCAACCACAGUGAAUAGCUCUGAUGAAGAUGAUGUUGAAGAUGAAGAUGAUUUUCAGAAUGUUGCCGAGGUUCAGGAUUUGGAUGGUGAAGAUGAUGAAGACAGUGAUGAGAUUGCUGAUGAUGAUGGUAUUGCAGAAGAUGAUGAAGAUGGGGAAGGAACUGAACAGGCAAGUGGUGCUCCUGGAGAGCUUGAUGUUCAGGAGGUUGAUGAUAAUGCUGAAGACGAGGAUGGCGAGCUGGGAGAUGAAGAUGAUGAUGAUGAGGGAGUCGAUAAUGAUGCCCAGGCCGGUGGCGAAGAUGAGGAGGAAGAUUAUGGCACAGAGUACCUGGCACAAUCUGUUGGCAAGCCAGAAGAUGAAGAUGGUGGUAGUGAUUUUGAACCAGCCGAAGAUGCUCCAGAAGAUGAGGAUAUUGAUGAGGAUGGGGAUGACAAUCAUAUCACAGCUGGCCAGAAGAGGAGUAGAGAUGAAGUAGACAGUGAUUCAGAUGAUGAUGAUAGAAACCCCAAGCGGCGAUAAACUGGACUUAUACAAUGACACACAAUAUUUCUUAGUUUUUUCCCUGUUUAUCUACUUUAGCUGGUAGGUUCUUUUUCGAGUGAUGUGUAAGCUGCUAAGGUGCUUUAUGGUCAAGCAUUGGGGGAGGUUUGCUGGGACUAUACUUCAUUGAAGUUUAACCAGCUUGAAAUGGUAUUGUAUUCAUGAACUGUAACAUUCUGUACAAAUAGAUUUGAAUGGGGGAAAAUGGAUGGAUAUGUUUGAAUAA